AGCGCCUUCAUUUCACAAUCCCACCAACGCAGAGAAGAAGCAUUGAAGCGCAUCUGAGCAACAGCGCUGCUGGGAUUGUGGUUAAAAAGGGAGCUGGCAGGCACCAUUUCAGCAGUAAAAACAACGUAAUUCGGGUCGUUUUUGCGAGCUUUUUUUCCCCUCCCCAAUGCCGAAUGAUACCUCCAGAGAAACCAGUUAGAGAAACGAGACCGAAGCCUGGAAGCCGCUGCGCUGUUAGCGGGCUUAGCUUAGCUUAGCCUGCUCCAUCCGCUACAUAGCGCCGAACAAAGAAGGAGCAAAACACACAAUUCACACGCUUUCAGCUCUAAAACGUCUGCGUAAAGAUUCGAGAAGAAAACUGUCAUGAUGUUUCCACAAUCCAGGCACUCGGCUUCAUCACAGCAGCUGAAGUUCACGACGUCAGACUCCUGUGACCGCAUUAAAGAUGAGUUCCAGUUCCUCCAAGCACAAUAUCACAGUCUAAAGUUAGAAUGUGACAAACUGGCCAGUGAGAAGUCGGAGAUGCAGCGUCAUUAUAUCAUGUACUAUGAGAUGUCGUACGGAUUGAACAUUGAAAUGCACAAGCAAGCAGAGAUUGUGAAGAGAUUAAAUGCAAUCUGUGCUCAAGUCCUGCCUUACCUGUCUCAAGAGCACCAGCAGCAGGUCCUGGGAGCUAUAGAAAGAGCCAAGCAGGUCACACCACCAGAGAUGAACUCUAUUAUCCGGCAGCAGCAGCUUCAAGCACACCAGCUCUCCCAGCUGCAGGGACUGGCCCUGCCUGUGACCCCACUCCCCCUGGGCCUUAGUCAGCCGAGUGGCCUGCCCAAUGUCACCUCCAGCUCUGCCCUCUUCUCUCUCUCCAGCAUUCUGGCAUCACAGGCCCAGCUCGCCAAGGAGGACAAAAGUGCCAGAGACGCCUCAGACGGGCACCGUGACGAGGACGCCGACAAGUCAGACUAGACGCCGCUCCUCUGCUUCUGCUUUUGGCUGUGACCUCAUCCUCCAGUGCUCGCGUACAUCACAAGCGCAUUGUCUCUUUUUCUUUGUUCUAUUUGCUGUAAAUUGCUAUUGUGACCUUGAUCAUUUGUUUUUGAUCAUUCCACUAGCUUUAUAUUCAGCAGUCCACUUUUCUUUUUUUUUAAAAAAAUAUUUUUACUAUAUAUUUAGUUAUUUUUCUGUCCUCUCUCUCAGAGUGUAUAUGUAUAUAUCUCUAUGUGCUAUCUAUUCCAUAUUCUGCUUCGUCUCAGCAUGGCCAUCUAGCUCCACUGAGGCACCACCAGUGUUUCUUUGAGCACGGUUUUAUCUCUCCCUACUUUGUUUUCUCCUGAAGAGAUUCUUUUAUCCUUUACCUUUUUGAAGGUGCACAUUUUAACGCUGACAGAAUGAAGAGGAAAAGGAUUGAACGUAAUGAAGGUCAGCGGUAGUAUGUGAACUGAACUAUAGAAUGCAUGCUUGAUUUUCUGCAGCAUUUUUUGAUAUGGGUGUAGAUUAACUCUAUAAAUAGCAGUUAAAAUGGCUUGCAGUGACUUAUGAUGAAGUGGCUUACUGACUUUUUAAAGGAAUAUUUUUAACAAAACCCACUUUUACAUUUAUUAGAAUGCUUUAGCCGAUCAAUUACUAUUAGCAUAUGAUCUGAUUCUUUAGUUUUGUACUGGACAUUAGCUGGAAUGUUAAUAAUGGAGUCUAACUUUCCCACACUCAAACACAUUUUCAAAUGUUCACAUAUUUGCCCCAAGCAACAUUGCUAGAGUAUCUGGUCCCCUUUUAUUUAACAUUUUUAUGGAAGGAAUGUCCAUAUUUACUACAUAAUUCCACAUACUUCGAAUUAGAUAAUUGGGCAAGGCUCGCUCAUUAAUAUGUUCUGAUAAUUAUAAAGCUUCCCAUGUCUGAGAUUUUGAACACAUCAUUACUGAAAUUUCUUCAUAUGGUUUUCAGGUAAAUGUGUAAUUCUAAGGUAUAUUUACAAUAUACAGUUUGGGUAAAAUACCAAAAAAAUUGUGUAAAUUAUUUACUUUUUUCCCCUCAAAAUAUUCCUUUAAACUGCCAGAGAAGUUAAUCAGUGGUCACUGCAGGGCCAUACAGAGAUUGUAGAUUAGUGAUAUUUGCUAGGCUUAAAAUGACCUACAACUUUUCUGGCCCCUGUUUUUUUUCCUAUAUAUUUACCUGUUUAAUGUGUGUGGAUUCUGAAAGUGUGUUUGUUUUUUCUCACUGUCGUAGACGGAGAGCAUUUAGAGUUUAGCAUCAUUAAUCAGAACAGCUAACCCUCUCACCAAGUGAAGGGGCCAACUGUUUGAAAAAAAUCUGAUCUUUUUUUUAAAUGGUAUUAUCUAUUACUGUCGAUUUGGUAAAAAAUUGUGUUCAAUUGUGUUGUUUUUCCUAGAGAUACAUGGAAAAAUAUUAUGGUGGAAAAAUUGUAUAUGAGAAAUGAGAAGCACUUUCUCUCUGCAGAUUUCUCCUGUUAGAUGCAUGCAAGUUAUUAAAAAAAAAAAAGUUAAAUGAAAAAGCACACGAUGUACGAGGCCCAAGGACCCUCGUAUUCCAAAACUAAAAGAGAGCACAUUGUGUUUUCUUUAAGAAAACCCAAGUAACAUUUUUGAUAAUUUCUCUAGAGGUCCUGAGUAAGCCUUUACAUUUUUUGCAAAUCUGAUAUUUACUGUCUUCUGUUGUGCCUUUUGUCCAGAAUGAAAUUCUUUCUUUUGACCAAUAGGGGGCAGUAAGCUACCAGCAUCUUCUGUGACAGCCGCAAUCAUGAUCACUGAUUUUUAUUUUUUAAACCUUUUUAACCUUUACACAAAAAAUUCCUUUUCUUUUAUUUUGCAGAAUGAGAUUAGCGAUGCAUCUAAAUGAAAUGCACAUUUAUCCAGUCAGCUCUAAGUAAGCUGCUUAUUAAACUUUUAAAAAACUAUUUGUGUAUUAAUUCAUUUUAUGUGACUGAAACCUGCAGUCAGAGGUGUUUUUUUUUUUUUUCAUUGUCGUUAGAUUCCAUUGCACAAGCAGCAUGAAGUCUAUGUACAGGACAUCACUGUGAGUUUGCUUUCUUUUCAGUGCAGCCUGUUUUCUUUCUUGACAGGAAAAAUAACAAACUAAACUGAAUACUGAGUACUGGAACCAAAUCCACAUUUUAUGUUCAUGUACUGCUUCUCUAUGUUUGUUGCAGUGUAACAAUGACUGUACAGGUGUAUACAUUUUUUUCUUCCUUUUUUUAUGAUGCAGGCCAUUUAAGUACAUCUCAUGCAAGACU